AUGGAGGAUAAUCUUGUUUUUGCAUUGGACGGGCGUUGCAAUCCAAACACGCAACGCACAGGACAACACCUGACCAUAAUGGCAAACUGGCACAGGGACCAAAUUGCAUUUGAGAGCAUCGACUUUGCACGACUGCGAUCUUUGACAGUGUUUGGGGAAUGGUAUUCAUUCUUUAUCUCCGGCAAGAUGAGGCGGCUCCGAGUGCUGGACCUAGAAGGCAUGGUAGCUCUAACAAAUGAAGAUAUUGAGCAGAUCUUUGUGAAGUUGUUGAGCCUCAAGUUCAUCUCCCUACGGGAAUGUAGGGAAAUUAGUCAUCUACCGGAUACAUUGGGAGGGCUGAGGCAGUUACAGACUCUUGAUGUAAGAUGGACCUCCAUAGUCAAGUUGCCGUCUGCUAUCAUCAAGCUACAUGAGCUGCAAUACAUACGUGCUGGUGCCAUUGUAUUGCCAGAUGAAGAUUGGAAAUCCGCAUCAACAGAAGAUGGUGAUGUGGUGACAAACCAACUACCAGCAACAACAUCAGAAGAACUAGAUGGCCGUGAUAGCAGCAUAUCUUCAGGGCGGCCAGCAGUACCAACAUGCACUGAAAAUGCUGAGAGCCCAGCACAGGCAACAACAUCACAAGAAGCCCAGCAUCCAAAGGUGGGGAGAUUGGCAUCCAAACUGUCACAUACCUGGAGCUUGUGUGGGUCGAAACCAAGGAAAGAGGCCCAACAUCAUAAUGGUGGUCUUGGGGUCCCUGUAGGGAUUGAAAGCCUUACGGCCUUGCAUACUGUUGGUGUGGUGAAUGUCAAUGCAUCAGGUGGGGAGGCCUUUCUGAAGCAGCUCGCAAAACUAACCCAAUUGCUCAAGCUCAGAGUGUGCGGCAUCAAUAAGAAAAACUGGCCGCUGCUAUGUUCUGCCCUCUCGGAUAAGAAUUGCCAUCUGGAAUCCUUGUCAGUGCGAUUCGACGAGGAUUGCCUCGACGAUAGCUUCAAGCCACCCAAGACCCUGAAGAGCCUUAAGCUGUACGGGCCUAUAAGGAAAUUGCCGGACACCAUCAAGGAUGUUUUCAAUUUCGAAAAGUUGGAUCUUGAGAUGACUAUUACAAGCCAAGAUGACAUCCAUUUAUUCUUGAAAGACAAAUUGCCUCGUCGUGAUAUUCUAAAUCGUCUCUGCAUCAAGGUGCAAGGAGACAAAGCGGUAAAUUUUAGCUCGAAUGAAUUCGACUACGACGGCAACUGGUCUGGUUCUUUCCGACCUCGGGUCGUUAAGAUAGACUGCAGCUCCAAGUUAGAGGUAACUGUUGGUAGUAUAAUCAGGUAUGCUGAGGUGCUGAUAAUCCAGUGCUCUGAAGGUUCAUUCUUCCGGGUUUCUGGGGGACGUGAUGGGCUAAGUGGUAUGUACGGUAUCAAGGCAGUCUGGCUUAAGGGUUCCUACAGUGAGGAACAACGUGUGCACCUGAAGGAACUUGUUGACAGGCAUAGUAGGAAGCCAGUCUUGAAGGUGGAGCCACUGCAAUAG